AUGGACCGCAAGCGACCCGAGCUGCGUGACCCGCAUGUGCCGCGCUUCCCAGUGAUCAUCGCAGACCCGACGUUCAAGCAAGUACGAGAUAACAUGAACCAGGCGGAUUUCGUCCAGAGCGCAGUCGUUGGCGUUGCAUCCUUCCCACUUGGGUACAUUGUCGCUGGUCAACUGGAUCGUAGCCUCGCGCGCCCCGGAAUGUGGUUCACGGGUAUUCUAGGUGCAUUGGGUGGCGUCGCGUUGGCCUUUCAGAACUCCUCGCUGCGUCUGCAAGGCUUUGGACGCAAUGACGAAGAGGUGGCACGGUACCAGCAGUCGACAAAGCAGCAGCCGUGA